CACUUGCCAAAAGAGAUAGUACUAUUCGCACAUUCAGGCGGAAACCCCGACUUCAUCAAGUACGCUCGUUCGGAAGGACCUUACUUGACAAACUAGGCACUUGAAAAACAUUUUUCCAUCAAACAAUUCUUUAGCAAAGGGAAAGGUGACCAGAUUGAUAAUCUGCUUCCAAUCAUUUAUUGGUGAACACAUCAUUUCGUGUAGAAGUGCAAGCGACUGUGAAAAAAUUCUAUUUAUCUGUGGUGUUGUGUCGCGUCCGUGGUCAAAGUAUUAAAGAAGUGGAAUAAAAAAGAUAAGGCAUAAGAUUUUACUUUCUACAUAUUUACCUCCAUUUGUGGCUGUGAAGAUACCUCGUAUUGAUUGUAUACUUUGUGAACAUAAGUUUGUAUUGUGAACAUAAGUUUGUCCCUGUCGUGAAGUGUGAAUUUGUAUUGUAUUUUGUAUCUUUUUCUUCCACCUGGCGCUCUUACUUACCUGCCCUUCGCACAAAUGAAGAAGGCUCCGGUGUCCGCGAAAAAAGAGAAAGUGAAGGAGCCGGUGAACCCGAAACCAAGGCCGGAGAAGGUGAAGGACCCGGUGAACAAGCGGCGCAGUGUCGACAAGGGAGGAGGUGAACCUGGCGUCGCCAAAAAGCGGCGCAGCGCGGAGAAUGUGGUCCCCGUCGACGUCGAAAUCCGCGACCUAGGCGCCGCGUGGGAGACAUUCGCCGUCGGCGACGGCGCCGCCAAGGAGGAGGUUUGGCUACCGCCCGCGGGUUUGGCCGAUGUCCACGUCGAGCCGAUGGCAGGAUCGAACUGCGACCUCUACAAGAUUACCGGCUUCUCGUGUUCGUUGAGCCUGCCCGGCGUUCUGAAAGUCAUCGACCGCAGCGCGUGCGACAAGGAAGUGGAGGAGAUCGACGACGACGACAUGAGCCCGCAGGAUAAAGAGAUCCGCAUGGUCGCCCACGACCUGGAAAUGCGCAAGGAAAUCCUCCGCGAGAUUACCGCCGGCACCAAAGCGAGCAAGGGCGCGCACUCUCCUGCGCGGGUAAGUAAGAAAUAAGUAAUCAAUUUGCUGUCCGUUGCGCGAUAUCUGGAAGUCCAGGCUCUACACUUGUUUUAUUUUGCGUCCGGCUUCGUGCAUGGAUGAAUCGGAAGCGGGCUGCCCUGUGGGCACCCGCGGUACGCAGGCUCUUGUUCCGCUAUUAUGACAAAACUCCAAAUAAAAUUGAUUCACAUCUACUACCCGUGUUGUAUUCUUCAGGAAACCGCCGUUUUUUGCACGUUCACGUACCACUCCCCCGACUUCAAGAAGCAGUACUUGUACCUCGAGCUCGAGGACGGGGGUUCUCUGGAUGGGCCACCGGAUGAAGAUGGCGUUAUGACGAGAGCCUCCCUGAAUUACCUGCUGGGGAAAUCUGUGAGGAUGACCAAACUGAACAUGUUCGCGAGCCUCGUACAAAGCCUCCAGACGUUGUAUCGCUUCGGUAUCUGGCAUCGAGACCUGAAGCCGGCGAAUUUGGUCAAAACCAUCGCGGUGGAAAAGAAGGCCGUGAAGCUGCCGGAGGGAAAGGCCAUCAGUUUCCGUAUGCAUUACAAAUAUGUCUGACGUCAGUGUCUGGAAGGAUAGAGCUUGUCAAGCGAAGUCUCGGCGACAGUCAAAAGAUCUGUGUUGCAAGACUUGCAAGAGACGCCUACUUAUUGCUACGCAAGCGCUGGACUUUUCAUGUAGGAUAGGCCUCAACAACUCCUCGCAAAAUCUGUGAUGCUUCUGUAAGCAUUCCAGACCAUGCAUGUGGUCCGCGAGAUGUAUGACAACUCUUGCGACCCCUUAGACUCAGACAUAUAUUGCAUUCCAUAUUCCAGACGCUCGUGGAAAAGGAGUACUUGCGCUUCUCGCACGACGACGGGACGAAGCCCGUCUUUCGGGUGACGCGCAAGGGCGAGGAAGAGCUGCUCUUGCCCUGUGGUGGCUUCGUCGAGGUACAAUUUUUUUGACUAAAAGGCUGGCAGGGCAGACCAUGCGUGCCGGCCUGCUUGUAGGAAAACCCCUCCGCGGCUGGGGCUGCUGCUCUUUUCAAAAGAGUUUUGUUGUUAAUUUUCUAGGCGAAACCCAAACGAAUCGGCAGAGCACACGACUUCACGGCAAAAUAGAGAUAUUGGUCUUUUCCAGUUUGGCUUAGUUCGUAUCUAGCUAAUUAGGCGAAUGAAUAUAUAUAUCCUGCUUUAGUUGUGCUUUGUUUGUUAAAAAAAAGAAAUACAUAUCCUGCUUUAUUGGAGAUUCAGAGAAGGUUUCUAUCAGUGGGCUUUUGAGUUUACCUAAAACCUUACGGCUUCUGGGUCGCUCUAGAAUUAUCACCAUUUCUCUCCUAUCGACGUCAGUGUCUUAUUUCGUUGCUACCGGUUCGUGGUUGUGCCUACAUUCCGACUCGUGGUUGUGCGUAAAAAUUUAUGUUGCUACGUAUUUCAACCAUGGCGCCGAUCGCCUGAAAGAUGUGCGCGGCGGAAAGUCCGGCCCUGCGCGUCUAGGAACUGCGGGCAGCCCUAUGGCUGCAACAGCGCAGGGGCUCGAUAGCGCUCUACCUAUGUCUUCGCGAUUGAUUUGACCUCCAAAAUUAGACCCAAAGGAGAAUAGACGACCGCGCAGACACAAAGAGUGCAGCCUAACACAAGGAGUAGACCACUAAAAAACGCGAGGUCAGUCGCGAAUAGGUCGCACGCUCAAAUUGAAAAAGGCUAAGGGCCAAAAGAGUACAAAUGCUCAACACGUAACAAGAGGGCAAUGGCAAAGGCUUUCUCGGAUUUGUUGACGUCCUCAGGCGCGGUGGACGCCGUGUGCGAAGCUCACCGAGGUGCUGGCGACCCGCCGCACCCUUCCAAAAAUUGGUAUGGGUCGGUGUGGUGAACUCUUCACACGAUUACGACAGCAGGGGGGGGUGAUAAUGCCGGUGAAGUCCUGCAUUCGUUUCGCCAGAAGGGAGUGGGCUCUGGUGGCGCCCGCCAUGAGACCAGCUCGCGCGUGGCGGUGAACUCUUCCGCGCGAAAGUGUAGAAAACACGUAGAGUGGUUACUUAUCCACAAACCCCACAUCGCAGCAGCUUUUUCAAACCGGAUUCGCAGCGUUGGUUGGAAAAGAGCGUGAUGCAGCAUAAGUGCUAAUCCCGCGCCAGCGGGAAAACGCUGCUGACAGUCCGCCCAUACUUUCUCUGCGGAUCACGAAGUUGUAUAGAUACAACUCACCCGGAUGAGUGUAAAAAGUGCUCGUCUGGGCACAAUGUGGCUCGGUUUUGAGCCUGGAUGCGCGCAGAACUCCAAUACGUUUGCAUGCAUCGCGUCAACGCGGUCGACAGCACGUCCAAGACCGUGACGGGACGGCCAAGGAUUGCGGCCCGUCGCGGCCCUCGCUCUGCCUGAAAAAACAUGCGUGAAGUCCUUCAUCUCCGCAGACUGGGGACUCUCGCAAAUUUUCAAAAUGUGGCUGCGUUUCCUCGGCUGCAGUGAAGAAGAAUUGAACUUUGAAAACUCUUGCCGAAUAUGCCCCGAUGUCCGUAAAUACUUGUAGGCGAUCGGCGCGUAGGCUACGCUUGUGAUGUCGUCGAGCACUCAUUGAUUAUAUCGAUCGAACGGCUUUAUGGUUAAUGAGUCGAAAAUAAAACUGGCGCACGACAGAUUCAGAUACUCGUGGGGCCAGAUGUUGUAUAUGUAUGUAAUAAACCAUGAAAACGCAGAUCAUCACGGCUGACGUGCACUACCAAGACGAUAAGGGAACGCGCAAAACGCACACCAUGGACGACGUCGUUCUCAAAUGCGCCAAAGUUAAAAAGGUCGGCGAGAAAGUGCAGAUCGAGUGGCUGCUGCCGGCGGCGACUCAGCCCUUAUUCAACGUCAAGGCCACCGUCGGUACUUGCAUGCUAGUAUGUAGUGAGGUCACGAACGUUCUAACCUAGCGGUUUUUUGCCACCUCUUAUGCAAAACGCCCUGCAGUUUUCAAGCGGCCGAAAGUGUUUUUGCACAUAAAAAAUUUCCAAAUAUCAAGCGGGCGGGGCUUUGCCAACAAACAAGCCCGGUCGAAAACUAUCGAUUCCCGCUGGAUAAAACGACGCAGGGGAGCCGGCAAAAGGCGCGCCCUUCUGAGGCGCCCACCGCCUUGGUUUCUGGUGGUUUGGGGCGCCCAAAAAGGGACGCCCAAAAAGCAGCAGUCCGAAAAAAACAGCGAAUCCGCAUGGUAUGGGCCUCAUUUAGGCCCACACUCGGGCCCCGCAAAAGACGCAACCAAAAUCCGCCAUUUCAGAGGCGGACUGAAGGCCAGAAGAUGCGGCAUUUUGACAAAAAAAGCAAAAAAAUCCAAAGUCCGCCAAAAGCAAAAAGCCAAUCCGCAUGCUAUGGGCCCGAUUUGGGGCUCCCAAGGGGCCGACCCUGGCGGGGGCCCGGGCGGGGCCAUAGCACGCAGGGAAGGUUUUUCGAUUCGAAAGCAAAUGGAGGCCAGCCCUGGAUCGAGAUUGUUAGGGACCGCCGUGCCGUCGCGCAUAACAUUACUCACGACGGCAUGGCGGGCAGGAAAGUCGUGGCUUUUUUUGGCGUGAAAACAAAAAAACCGCCACGACCUCACUACCCCCGCUGAGGCGGCUAUUAUUGGUUAUGUGAGCGAAAGAGUAGCGCAAGCGUUUUUCUCUCUGGCGAUGCCCAUAUUUAUUUUGUCGCCGCUUGCUCGUAGUUCUAGUUGUACUUGUUGUGUGGCUCAACUACAGAUGAGUCUUGAUAUAGACAUAUCAAUCUUGAUCCGCUUGGAAAUAAAAGAAAAUCUUCCCUAUUGUUGCAGGUGCGGGGAUCAAGGUCUUGGAUUUCGGUUCGUCAAGAACUGCGACGCAGAUUCCCGGGGCUGCGACUGGUCAAAUGGGCACGCAAGGAUACCGAGUCAAAGGCAAAAACGACAACUUCUCCGACGACUGCAAAGCAGCCGGACAAAUAUUAUUCGAGUUCUUCGGCUCUGAUGCGGACGACAUCACGAUGAUGCAAAAAAAGUUCAUCCUGGCCACGCAAAUAUCAAACGCAAAUAUGUCUAGGUCUGGAAGAAUGCACCUUGUCAUGCUAAAUAUCGACCACAGAGAGAAACUGUGUUGCAGGCAAGCCAAAAGCUCUCCUUCCGCAAUAAUUCUUGCUAGGCACUACAAGGCGGAUUUCUCAUGCGGAAUAAGCAUGAGGUCAAGGUGCCAACCCCUUGCUGGCUAAUCUCUCUGCGUAUAUCUAUCGCAAAAUAUAAAUAUAAUCUGUGAUGCUUUUGUGUGCAUUGCAAACCCAAUCGUGUUUGGGUGGUGCGCGAAAUGCAUUACAAAUCUCGCAUUCAUCCUGCAGACCCAGACAGAUUUGCAAUGCAUACCAGAAAAGGAUGUUUGAGCGCAUCGAGAAACCGCUGUGGCGGAUUCUUUCGAUGCUAAUCAAUUGGGUUCCCAAAGUACUACGGCCUACUUUUUUUUUAUUUGACGCUUUUAAUUAUUUGUUUUCUCCUUGCGCCUGCGCUUUUGCUUCGAUGGUACCAGGCAUCGAUGAAAAGGAAGGCUGUACUUGCUCCCCGACAACCUCGGCAAAAAUGUUUGAUUUAGCCGGCCGUUUGUUCUGCCAAUGAAUGCACUGUGGUAUUAUUUUCGUACUACUCCUCCACAGGACAAGAAUGCGAUGGAAGCACUUACGGUUGAAAAAGCGGCGUCCGAGAUCGGUCGACGCUUCGACAAGGACGAUGGCAUACCCCCCCAAUCCCGCGAAAGGGUCAAAAGCUGUGUCGCGGACAUGGUGAUGAAGAUGGUCGAGAAUUUCAAAGACGAGCGCAAAGGCGGUAAGUAAGUUUUUUGCGGCGCUUUUUCUCGAUGUCCUUUCUGCGGAUGUGCUAUUGUUAAGCACGUGCUUUGGGUCUGUAUCUGUAAGAUCAAAAAGUACGUGUCUUCAGCAACAAAAAGCAAUCUGUCCUGCAAUUUCUGGCAGAAUAAGUACUUAGCGUGACUUGUCCACUUCCGCGAUCUCUUUCUGUCGGUCUGGCACGACAAGAUUUUUCUACCAGAAGAUCAGAAACAGUUCGCUAUCGUUACUGCAGAUUUUUAUAAAUAUGCCGCUAGCUGCGGCUGCCCCGGGGACGAGCAUGAACUGCCCAUGCGUUUCAGACUUCUAGGACCAUGCGCGAAGCGAAAAAGCUAUAAACUUUGAAGGCGUUUCCAAAUAAAUGAUGAUAAAGCAAAAAAAUUACCAGAUGUCAUGAUGCGCAUCGUAACGGGUCUAUUGGCCGGGCGGGACAUCGAGGACCUCAUGACCGCGGAAGGGUUUUGCCUUUUACCCUUGGAAGACCAGACGGACAAAAUGAACGAAAGUGUUAAGGCAGCAAUAGAUCUCCAUGACCCCCGCCACGAGGAACACUACAAGCAGCAGGUGCAGAGUAUGCCGUUGCAAAUGUGCCUGGGCCUGGAAAUAUGCAAACCUGUGAUGCAGAUUAACAGGCAGAAAUCAAAUCUGUGUUGCAUAAGCAUAGUCAACAAAAAGUGUUUUCUUUUAUUUACCUCCGGAAAAAGGCAUUUUCGAUGCAGGCUAGGCGUGGAGAAGCCUCCGCGGAUCUUGACAUGCUCUGUCUGCAUUUCAGGACUUGUAUGGAGACGGAGGUGAAAGGAAAUGCAUGACAAAAAAUAAUAUUCUAAAACUAUCUACUGCUGCAUGAUUCUUGCAGACCCAGACGUCUUUGGAUGUGAUAUGAGAUCUGGAAAAAACGUUGGCUUCGACGAAUAGUGUGCCCAUCGCGAGCCACACCUACCACAAUCUCCAAGCCUCGGCACGGUCCGAGGAUUUUGUGAAGACGCACAUGAAGACCGCACUGAAGGUCGGCAAGGACGACAAGCGCGCCUCGACGGACGCGCGCGCGUCGCUGGGCGACGCGAAGGCGGGCAAUGUCGGCAGCGGGUUUCCGUUUAACGGAAAGGCGGUCGGACUGGACUUCUGGCGCAAUUCUAUCGUAGAGAAAACCACACCCACGCUGCAUUUGUAAUGCGAUGCUCAUGUUAUGUAUGUCUGUAGAACGAAGAUACCAACAGCGCAAAUCUUCUUGGCCCCUUUCUGACACCAUCUGCGCGGUAUCUGAAUAUUGUCGCUUUAUUCUUGCCAAAAACAACAGUACCUUCCUUCCUUUUCUUUUGUGGCAGGUGUGCUUUUCUCUUGAAUAAAGCCGUUUGAAACCUUCGCGAGCACUGGCGAGCGCGACAAGCAGGGGAAAAGUCACAAGGACCGUCUGGGGCAGUUUCGCGCCUACAUCUACCACGAGCAGUAUCUCGGAGAAAAGCUUAGCAUAGUAAGUAAUGCUGUCUAUUCGAGCAUCGCAACAAUAGACGCGCAAGAAGUACAACUAGAUGCUCGCAUUUGUCCAAUGCCACUGCUUCGGCUAUAUCAUGCUAGAUUGAGGCGCUUGUUGCGAUACUCGGGCACGUACUUACAACUGCGCUGGUUUUCUUUCUCGGGAUAAGAAAAUCGUCAACGACGCGGCCAAAUCGAAGCCGGCUCUGUGUGACGAACCCUCUGUCGUGUCGACUAACAACCUCCCGACGAGGUCCAAGGUCGGGUGCAGUGAGUUGAGUAAUUGA